UACUUCACUUUUACAAACGCUCGCUUCGCAAGCUGUGAAAGGGUAGUCGAGUUAGCUCAUUGUAUAUAAUAUAGUAGGAUUUAUUGCUGCAAAGAUUGAUUACUAGCAGAUUUUAACGACUCAAAACGACUUUACAAGGGAAAAAAACAAAGGGACUCUAGGACUCCGUAGAAGCUUUUUUCGGGUAUUCUGUUAUUUAUGAAACUUAUAAACAUAUAAAAAGAAAGAUCUUGAUGUUUUUAUAAUUCUGAUAGGGGCAAUACAAGCUAUAGCGAAUGCCGGAAGAAAAUACACAAGAAGUUGGCAUGAAUCUGCUACUAGAACUAGCCGAUGUGCUGGAUGCAACUCCGAGUGAUUUGUCUUCGGAUUUUAGUAAGAUCCAUUGCUUAGAAGGAAAAAUAAAGGAAAUGCAAAUGACCUUGGAUGCUUCCGUUGACAAGAUCAUGAAUUCCAAUGCUACCCCAAAUGAAAGAUCUUCUAUGAUUCAGAAGAUUGUCGAACUUGUGGAUAAGAAUUCAAUUUUUCUCCGUAAGAAAGCUCAUAUAUCUAUGCAUACAGAGGCCAUAUCCAAACAAAACCUUUUGAGGUUGCAGGCUUGCUUUCAGGCAAUGGAAAUGGUCUAUCCUCAUUUUUUUAUUCCAUAUGUUGCUGCUCCAGAGCCUUCGGAAUCCCGCCAGGAAAAGCGAGUGCCUACUAGAUCAUCGAAACGGAGACAAGGGAAAGAUGCCAGUUCUAGAGAGACAAAUGAAAAGAAAAGCAAACCGGAUGCUGUUGAUUCCCUUGUCCAUUCUCCUAACUUUUCGGAUCAGCAAUCGGAUGCUUCAACAGUAGCAGGUUUAACUGAGUUUCCUUAAAGUAGAUAUUAAACUGUGACAAGCGGGGACUUGUACGUUUGUGUUUUUUUUUUUUUUUGUUUUGCAUGAAGUUGCUCACUCAGGCGUCCUCUGUCUCCCUUUCUUUCCUUCUCUUCAAAACAAUCCUCUAUAACCUUGUGGAUAGUUGAAGUAUAGCUUUUUCUAGAGCACCGUUCUGUUAUGCUACUUUCUUAUUUUAUUUUUGUGUUUGAUAAUAGGAUUGGCAUUGUGUCUGUUUUCUCUUGUCUGAUGACAAUCUUUAGCUUUGUUAUAACAUAUUAAUUUAUUAACGAUUUUUUAUUAGUUGUAAGGACCUUUGCAUUUCAGUAAUAGUAAAAUACAAUACGACUAAUAGGAAAUUUAUAAAGUGAGAUAUAACUGCCGACGUACUAAGAUAACAGAAAACCAGUUUUCUUAAAACUGA